AUGGCCAACGGAGUGAUCCCGCCGCCCGGGGGCGCCUCCCCCCUACCCCAGGUCCGGGUGCCCUUGGAAGAGCCCCCUCUGAGUCCAGACCUGGAGGAGGAGGACGAUGACUUGGGCAAGACCUUGGCUGUGAGCAGGUUUGGGGACCUCAUCAGCAAGCUUCCGGCCUGGGACCCUGAGAAGCCCAGCCGCAGCUACAGCGAGCGGGACUUUGAGUUUCACCGGCACACAUCCCACCACACCCACCACCCGCUCUCGGCGCGCCUGCCUCCACCCCACAAGCUGCGGCGACUGCCCCCCACCUCUGCCCGGCAGACCAGGAGGAAGAGGAAGAAGGAGAAAACCUCGGCUCCCCCUUCGGAGGAGACCCCUCCCAUCCAGGAGGAGGGGGGAGCCGGAGUGGAGGAGGAGGAGGAGGAAGAGGAGGAGGAAGAGGAAGGGGAAUCCGAGGCAGAACCUGUGGAGCCCCCGCCCUCAGAGUCCCCACAGAAAGCAAAGUUCUCCAUUGGAAGUGAUGAGGAUGACAGUCCUGGCCUCUCUGGGAGGGCUGCCUUCAGCAAGCCCCUGCCCUCUGUGGGCCCUUGCCCUGACAAGAGCCCCCAGCACGCCCAGGGGACUAUUCCAGGCCCCACCCCAAGCUGGGGGAGGGCAGACGAACCUCCUAACCUGGCCCAUCUCCACCGUGGUUCCCUGUCAAGUCCAAGGCUGCCAUGGUGCCUCCUCAGCUCCUCAAGCCCCCGGGCCCGGGUCUCCCGAGUCGCUGGGGAGAAGAGCCGGCCCUGGAGCCCGUCGGCCAGCUAUGACCUGCGGGAGCGGCUGUGCCCAGGCAGUGCCCUGGGUACCCCAGGUGGCCCGGAGCAGCAGGUGCCCACUGACGAGGCGGAGGCCCAGAUGCUGGGCUCCGCGGACCUGGACGACAUGAAGAGUCACCGGCUGGAGGACAACCCUGGGAUGCGGCGGCACCUUGUGAAGAAGCCGUCUCGGACACAGGCUGGGAGGGGCAGCCCUGGGGGCUUGGCCCCCAUCCUGCGCAGGAAGAAAAAGAAGAAGAAGCUGGAUCGGAGGCCUCAUGAGGUGUUUGUGGAGCUGAACGAGCUGACACUGGACCGUAGCCAGGAACCCCACUGGCGGGAGACGGCACGCUGGAUCAAGUUUGAGGAGGAUGUGGAGGAAGAGACAGAGCGCUGGGGGAAGCCCCACGUGGCCUCGCUCUCCUUCCGCAGCCUUCUGGAGCUCAGGAGGACCAUCGCCCAUGGAGCUGCCCUCCUGGACCUGGAGCAGACCACUCUGCCGGGGAUCGCCCAUCUCGUGGUGGAGACCAUGAUCGUGUCUGACCAGAUCCGUCCGGAGGACAGGGCCAGUGUCCUGCGCACCCUCCUGCUGAAACACAGCCAUCCCAAUGAUGACAAGGACAGUGGCUUCUUUCCCCGAAACCCAUCCAGCUCCAGUGUGAACUCGGUCCUGGGGAAUCAUCACCCCACCCCCAGCCACGGUCCUGACGGCGCAGUGCCCACUGUGGCUGAUGACGUGGGGGAGCCAGCCCCACUCUGGCCUCAUGACCCUGAUGCCAAGGAGAAGCCUCUCCACAUGCCUGGGGGAGACAGUCACCGGGGAAAGAGUCUGAAGCUGCUGGAGAAGAUCCCCGAAGAUGCUGAGGCUACUGUUGUGCUCGUGGGCUGUGUGCCUUUCCUGGAGCAGCCUGCAGCAGCUUUUGUGCGCCUGAACGACGCCGUGCUCUUGGAGUCUGUGCUCGAGGUCCCUGUGCCCGUUCGCUUCCUCUUUGUGAUGCUGGGUCCCAGCCACACCAGCACUGACUAUCAUGAGCUUGGGCGCUCCAUUGCCACCCUCAUGUCUGACAAGCUGUUUCAUGAGGCUGCCUACCAGGCGGACGACCGGCAGGACCUCCUGAGCGCCAUCAGUGAGUUCUUGGAUGGCAGCAUCGUGAUCCCUCCAUCUGAGGUGGAGGGCCGUGACCUGCUGCGCUCCGUGGCCACCUUCCAGAGGGAGCUGCUGAGGAAGCGGCGGGAGCGUGAACAGACUAAAGUGGAGAUGACCACCCAGGGAAGCUAUGUGGCCCCCGGGAAAGAGCUGUCGGUGGAGCUGGGGGGCUCCGAGGCGACCCCCGAAGAUGACCCCUUGCUGCGGACUGGCUCGGUGUUUGGGGGGCUGGUGCGAGAUGUGAAGCGUCGGUACCCACACUACCCCAGUGACCUGCGAGACGCCCUGCACUCCCAGUGCGUGGCAGCCGUGCUCUUCAUCUACUUCGCCGCCCUCAGCCCUGCCAUCACCUUCGGGGGGCUGCUAGGAGAGAAGACUGAGGGGCUGAUGGGCGUGUCCGAGCUGAUCGUGUCUACCGCCGUGCUCGGCGUCCUCUUCUCCCUGCUGGGGGCCCAGCCGCUGCUUGUGGUUGGCUUCUCAGGGCCAUUGCUGGUCUUCGAAGAAGCCUUCUUUAAGUUCUGCCGAGCCCAGGACCUGGAGUACCUCACCGGCCGGGUGUGGGUUGGCCUCUGGCUGGUGGUCUUUGUCCUUGCCCUGGUGGCCGCUGAAGGCAGCUUCCUGGUCCGCUAUAUCUCACCUUUCACCCAGGAGAUCUUCGCUUUCCUCAUCUCGCUUAUUUUCAUCUACGAGACCUUCCACAAGCUCUACAAGGUGUUCACGGAGCACCCAUUGCUGCCAUUCUACCCCCCCGAGGGGGCAUUGGAGGCUGGGCUGGAGCUGAACGGGAGUGCUGUGCCCCCCACCGAGGGGCUGCCUGGCCCGAGGAACCAGCCCAACACGGCUCUGCUGUCCCUCAUCCUCAUGCUUGGGACCUUUCUCAUUGCCUUCUUCCUGCGAAAGUUCAGGAACAGCCGCUUCCUGGGAGGCAAGGCUCGCCGCAUCAUUGGGGAUUUUGGCAUCCCCAUUUCCAUUCUGGUGAUGGUCCUAGUGGAUUACUCGAUUACAGACACCUACACACAGAAGCUGACGGUGCCCACAGGGCUCUCGGUGACGUCCCCCCAUAAGCGCACGUGGUUCAUCCCGCCCCUGGGCAGUGCCCGUCCUUUCCCGCCCUGGAUGAUGGUAGCAGCUGCUGUCCCCGCCCUGCUGGUCCUCAUCCUGAUCUUCAUGGAGACACAAAUCACUGCGCUCAUCGUCAGCCAGAAGGCCCGGAGGCUGCUCAAGGGCUCCGGCUUCCACCUGGACCUGCUGCUGAUUGGCUCCCUGGGUGGGCUCUGCGGGCUGUUUGGGUUGCCCUGGCUCACGGCCGCCACUGUCCGCUCGGUCACUCACGUGAAUGCCCUGACGGUUAUGCGCACUGCCAUCGCACCCGGCGACAAGCCCCAGAUCCAGGAGGUGCGGGAGCAGCGGGUCACUGGAGUGCUCAUCGCCAGCCUCGUGGGCCUGUCCAUCGUCAUGGGGGCGGUGCUGCGCCGGAUCCCGUUGGCCGUGCUCUUUGGGAUUUUCCUGUACAUGGGGGUCACGUCACUGUCGGGUAUCCAGCUGUCCCAGCGUCUGUUGCUUAUCCUCAUGCCGGCAAAACACCAUCCCGAGCAGCCCUAUGUGACCAAGGUGAAGACGUGGCGGAUGCACCUGUUCACCUGCAUCCAGCUGAGCUGCAUCGCCCUGCUCUGGGUGGUCAAGUCCACAGCGGCCUCACUCGCGUUUCCCUUCCUGUUGCUGCUCACGGUGCCUCUGAGGCGCUGCCUUCUGCCCCGGCUCUUCCAGGACAGGGAGCUGCAGGCGCUGGACUCGGAAGAUGCUGAGCCUAACUUUGACGAGGACGGCCAGGAUGAGUACAACGAGCUGCACAUGCCUGUGUGACCCUCUACCGUGGUGCCCCUCAGAGACCCUGACACCUUAGUGAUCCACACCUGGGCCCCAGGCAGAGCCCAGCCCCGGGGCCAGUGGGCGCCUCCCAACCCAGAGCCGUGCCUGGAGCCACUCGCGCCACGGCCAGAGCGGCCCGCUGACUCUGCCCCGGGCACUGACCUGGGCUCACCCAGGCCCUUUCACAGACCAGACCGGCACAGGCUUUGAGCUCAUUAUAACCACACUCCUUGUC